GCCAGCACCAUCUCUUUUGCUUUUCCUUUACUGCUCACCUUCUUCUUUUUCUCUCUCUAUCUUCAUCUCAAGAUUUCCUCCAUUGAAAACAAAGCUUCUUCUUUUUCAAUGUUCUCUCUCUCAACAGAGACAGAGAGAGAGAGAGAGAGAGAGAGAGAGGGCGAGAGAGAGAGAGAGAGCUUGCUGAGUAACUCAAUUCUCCCUCUUCAAACUCUCAGAUAUUAGGAAAUAAAAGAUCAGUUUCGGGUUCUUUUUUUUAAUCAACAUUGGGACUUCUCAGUUGGAAAUCAGUCUCAGUGCAGUUUCACAUCUUGGGUGUUUGAGAUUUAACCGUUUCUUUCUGUAGAGAGGAGGCAAGCAGAGAUUCUUUUGUCUUUUUUUUUGUUUGGUGAAAUCAUCAAAGAGAAAUCAAAAUGUCUAGAGAUUUGAAAGCCGAGUUAUCCAAGAAAACACCAGUCGUCGGCCUUAAACUCUGGGUCCUAAUCGGCGUAUGCACAUUUGCAUUCAUUUUGGUCGUCCUGUCAGCAAUCUCCAUAUGGGUGUCAUGCCGGAGAAAAACAAGGAAAACCCAUGACAAAUUCCCACUCUUUCACAUCCCCACAAUAUCAAAAGAAAUCACAGUUGAUAGAUUUGCUGACCAAACCUUAUCCCAGAGUUACAAUUUUAGCGAUAAUGAUUCUAGAAAGGGGCAAGCACAUCUCGCAAUGAGUAAAUCAAGUGAUGCUGAUAACUUGAGUCAGUGUAGCUCGGUUUACUAUCUUGAGCGAGCUGGGAGUUCAAAUUCACAGGAUAUUGACAGUAGCUUAGGAGCCACAAAGAGGCCAUAUUCUCCAUUAGUUGGUCUUCCUGAUAAUUCACAUCUCGGUUGGGGCCACUGGUUCACUCUCAGAGAUCUUGAAUAUGCUACUAAUCGCUUUUCUAAGGAGAAUAUCAUCGGUGAGGGUGGAUAUGGAGUUGUUUAUAAGGGACGGUUGAUCAAUGGAUCUGAUGUUGCUGUGAAAAAAUUGCUUAAUAAUAUGGGGCAAGCGGAGAAGGAAUUCAGAGUGGAAGUAGAGGCUAUUGGUCAUGUACGGCAUAAGAAUCUUGUUCGGCUUCUUGGUUAUUGUAUAGAAGGAAUUCACAGGAUGCUCGUAUAUGAGUAUGUGAAUAAUGGGAACUUAGAGCAAUGGCUCCAUGGAGGUAUGCGUCAACAUGGUGUUCUUAGCUGGGAAUCCCGCGUGAAAAUAAUUUUAGGCACUGCUAAGGCACUUGCCUAUUUGCAUGAAGCAAUCGAGCCAAAAGUAGUGCACCGAGAUAUUAAAUCAAGCAACAUCUUAAUUGAUGAUGAAUUUAACGGCAAGAUUUCUGAUUUUGGAUUGGCGAAGCUCUUGGGUUCGGGGAAAAGCCAUGUUGCAACCCGAGUGAUGGGGACAUUUGGAUACGUGGCCCCUGAAUAUGCAAAUACUGGAUUAUUAAAUGAGAAGAGUGAUGUGUAUAGUUUUGGGGUACUUUUAUUGGAAGCUAUAACAAGCAGGGAUCCUGUAGAUUACAAGAGGCCCCAAGAUGAGGUGCAUCUUGUCGAAUGGUUUAAGUUGAUGGUCGGAAACAGGAGAACCGAGGAAUUGGUGGAUCCUGAACUUGAGGCCAAACCCUCAACCCGAGUUCUCAAAAGAACCCUUAUAGUUGCUCUUAAAUGUGUUGAUCCCGACUCUGAGAAGAGACCUAAGAUGGGUCAAGUUGUCAGAAUGCUCGAAGCUGAAGAUAGUCCAUUUCGUGAGAAUCGAAGGAGAAACAGAAGGAGCCCUGCACCGAGCUUGGAUACUGAGUCUUUAAAGGAGAGCUCGAGUUCUGUCGGUCUCGACAACAAGGAAGAAGCAUCAGGUGCAUUAGAAAGAUAAGCGAUGAGCGACAUUUUACUCUUUGCUAACAAGUUUAAAGUAUUUCCAAGGGGAAGUAAGAUUAUUACGGUCAGUUUUUGUUGGUUAUGGGGUUGUAAGAGAUUCAAUGUCCAAGCUUCUUCCUCUUUCACUGUAUAGGUACAUCCUCUCUAUUUAUUUUAGAAUCUCAUGUGAUUCAAAUAAACAUUAGUACUUUUGGCCUUUUUGUCAAUUUCUUUCUACCUACUAUUGCAAUUGAUAUCAACAGAAGCAUGAUUAAAAUGC